AAAGCCUCACUCACUUUCUUAUUAUUAAUUAAGCUUUUCCCACUUCUUUUUCUCUCUACAAAAGUUAUACUAAACUCAAAUACCCAUUGAACUGCCACAUUCACUUGCUUUACCUUAUAUACUGUUCUUUUAAGUAAGCCACCUUCUGUUUCAUCACCUCCUUUCAACAUCUCCAACUUCAUUCUCAAUUGGGUCUCAAUUAUUGAUGAUCAAGUUAUAGUAUCAGAGUUUGUGGCUUCAUAACAAAACUCUUGUUCUCCUUCGUAAUUUCUUUCCACAAACACCCCUUUCUUUUCUUCCUAAGAUGGUUCCAUUUUCAGUCCUUUGAGCACUUGAGAAUCAAAUUUUAGUUGAAUUCAGUUUAGUGCAUUUGAUUUCCUAUUACCAUUUCUUUUUCUUUUUGGGGUUUGUUAACUAAAUGGAGAAGAAGACAGAUUUUGAGCAAAAGUUCCUAAUCAAUGAACUUAUGGAGGGGAAAGAGCUAGCAAAACAGCUAAUGGGCUAUCUUCAACCAUCUUCCUCUCAUGAAACCAGAGAUGUUUUGGUUGAGAAGAUAUUAUCUUCAUAUGAAAAGGCACUCUCAGUGCUCAACUGGGAUGGAGAGACUAAGCCUCAGGAAUCGUCCCCAUGUUCCUUUGGAAAUAAUAGCCCAAAAAGUGUUAUCAUUGAUCAAGACUCAAAUCACAGAGAUGUCUUUAAGAAGAGAAAAACCACUGUGAAGAGUGAACAAGUAAAGGUCUGUGUAGGAACAGGCUCAGAAGGGCAUAUGGAAGAUGGCCACAGCUGGAGAAAAUAUGGCCAGAAGGAUAUUCUUGGUGCUAAUCAUCCUAGAAGCUACUUUAGAUGCACACAUCGAAAAACACAAGGUUGUUUGGCUACAAAGCAAGUCCAAAGGUCGGAUCAGGACUCUUCAAUCCUUGAGAUCACCUACAAAGGUUACCAUACAUGUAGGCGAGCCUCUCAACCAGCCAUUGUGGCCUCUUCCUCAUUAACCAAAAUGAGCCAUUUUCCACACCCUGAAGUAGUCCAUAAAGACAAGCUAAAGCAAUCUCAAGAAAAACCUUUUAGUCUUGAAGUUAAGACAGAGGACUUGGACACAAGCGAGGAUCACAUGUUUCAACCCUUUUCAUUCGCUUCAACACCAAUCGAAUCUGAAGACAUCCCUUUCUUCUCUGAGAUGAUUGAGAGUGAUUUCGCGGGUGGUUUCUCGUCUCCUUUUAUAUCUCCAACGACUUCAGAUUCUGCCUACUUCUCGGUAUCACCAUGCCAUAAGAUGAGCAGCUUUGGACUUGCCAACAGUGUCCGAACUCCUGAGUCUGAUCUCACUGAGAUACUUUCAGCUCCAACUUCACUCGCCAACUCUCCAAUGUGUGAUUUGGAUCUUUCACUUGACAAUGUGGAUUUUGAAAUGAAUUUCCCAUUUGACAGUGAUGAAUAUUUCUCCUGAUCUAGAUAUCCUGUCCCUAUAUAGGAGAGUUUUUACUUGCAUAAGCCACAUUAUAUGCAGACAAUAAUGGAAGAGUGUUCAUAAAACUUAGGACUAGAAAGUUAGAAUUUGACUAGGCCUAUGGCCAUGAUGCUGUCCAAGAGAGUGACUGUUCCUCUCUUUGGUACUAAAUUUAAUUUAGUUGUGUAGCUUUUCCUUAUAAUCUUGUUUAAAGCCUUUUUUUUUUUUGGAAGUCAAAAGUCUCCCCGAGGACUCUGUUCAUUGUAAGAAAUAAAAACAAAAAAAAAUCAAUCUUGCAUUCUAGAAAUAUAAAUCUGAGUUUUAAAUAA